ACUAUCAGUGAAGAUGAAGUCGAUGCUGCCAUAUCGCAACUGAAGCUUUCGUAUGCCUCUGGGCCGGACAACAUUCCCAGUGCAAUUCUUAUUCACUGUAAGGCUGCUCUUUUGCCUAUUCUGACUCAACUUUUCAACAAAUCCUUACAGUCGAAAUGCUUCCCGCAAAUAUGGAAAUCUUCUUACAUGUUUCCUGUCUUCAAAAAAGGUGAUAAAUCUGAUAUAUGUAAUUAUCGCGGAAUCUCUAUGCUAUGUGCUUGUAGUAAGCUGUUUGAAAAAGUUAUGUUCCGCCACAUGUCCUACGCUUUCCUGCCUGUUAUAUCUGUUAUGCAACACGGCUUCAUGCCUAAACGUUCGAUUGAAACUAACCUGCUUCAUUUGCUUCAAUUUUGCUACUCCAAUAUUGACAAGGGCCUCCAGGUUGAUGUCAUUUAUACCGACUUCUGCGCUGCAUUUGACAAGGUCAACCACUACUUAUUGCUUGCUAAAUUAUUAAAAUAUGGUGUACACUCAAAUUUUUUAGCAUGGUUAGAAAGCUACCUAAUGAACCGUUGCAUUAAUGUAAAAAUUGGAAAAACUUUUUCUGACCCUUUCUGUAACUUUUCUGGUGUUCCACAAGGAAGCAUAAUAGGGCCAUUAUUAUUUAUUAUAUUUAUUAACGAUAUUGUGUUUGCUGUUCCCAACGUCAAUGUUUUACUAUAUGCAGACGAUCUUAAGAUGUUCCUUGCUGUUGAAAAUUCAAAUCACUGCGAAAUACUUCAAGAUUCCAUAAACCGUUUUUUGACGUGGUGCCAUGAUAACGAAAUGUUUGUGAAUGUACAAAAAUGUAACUGCAUUACUUUCUCUAAGAAAAGGAUUCCAAUAACUUUUAAUUACAAAAUAGGUCAAGACAGUGUGCCGCGGUCAUCUGUAGUUCGUGAUUUAGGAAUAAUGUUAGACAGUGUAACGUCCGGACUAAUAUCGCCCACUGUGCACUCAACCCGAACCCCGAACGCAGCGGUAUAAACGCGUUAUACCUUGACCGCUGGAGCACCCGGUGUGCUAGAUGAACUGUCAUAGAAUAAAGCUCUCUUCUUGGCGCGACAUUGAACUGAACAGACGUAAGCCACUGACUUCUGCGUAUAAUUAUUUGUGUGCUCUUCCGAAUUGUGCUAAAUCCUAUUUAAACGGCCAAUUAACCUUCCGCCAACCGUAAAACGCUUGGUCGUUACAUCUCAGAAGUGGGAUUACCAACAAAAAGUCGCCUACAAACCGCCUGCAAGCCGCUUAACCAGCCGGUCUACGUGUGUCUGUGUAUGUGUGUGCGUGUGACAUAACGCCAUCUCAUCAAAUGGUGGGCAAAGACGAACUUCGCCGGGCGCUCAUCGAAGCCGGCGUCGACGUACCGAAUACCGCCACCCUCGCACAACUUCGGCAACUUUACGCCUCUCUCGAGCUGGUCGCUCGUUCCCCCCGUGCAGCGCAGCCCACCACCUCGGCCAUGGCAUCAGCCUCCGCUUACGCAAACCAUCCCGAGGCCGCCAUUUUGUAUCUCCCUCAUGAAAAUGGCGGUGACGCCGUUAAUGAUGCCGCUUCGACGAACGACAUCACCGACGCCAAUGCUAAUCUGCCCUCCGCUCAAGGUGUAGCUGCCGCCCUUCCCCGCUGUUCCGACGAUAUGGAGGCUCACCUCGAAGCGCUGCGAAUGCAGCUACAGUUAGCCGAAUUGCGUCAGAAAGUGCAUCAACUCGAGGCGCAGCAACCGACCGCCGUUUGUGUAAAGGAUUUCGAAUCCUUCAUCGAGCCGCUUGAUGCUGAGAAAAAUUCCGAUGUCAUCCGCUGGUUCCGUGAUUUGGAACGCCUUUUCUCACUCCAUCGAGUAUGCGAUGCGGACAAAUUUUUGUUUACUCUUCGGCUCCUCACAGGCACGGCAGCUAACGUCGCCAAAGAAUUUGACGUCACCACUUACGACGAACUGAAAAUGGAGCUUAUCGACAACCUUCAUUUCGUCGCUACUCCUGAAUCUGUGUACCGCCAACUCCGCAAUCGUCGGCUGCAGCCCCAAGAAUCUGCCCUCCGCUACCUGUUUGAUAUGCAGCGCAUAGCUGGCCAAGCCGACAUUCCUGAUUCGGAACUGAUCCCGAUCGUCAUCGAUGGAUUGGGAAGCCCGUCAAUUACUUCAAGCCUGCACUUCAUGCCCCUCACGAUGGAAGAUUUCCGGAAGAAGCUGAAGCUUUUCGAGUCUUGCCGUCAUCUUCGAGCCAUCAAGCCCCCUUCCGCCGUUGUUCGGGCCCCGAUGAACAACCGUAUGGAACGGCCCCUAACGUCGCAGGAACCUGUCCGCUGCUUCAACUGCUCCCGAUUUGGACACCUUCAGAGUGCCUGCUCCAAGCCGAAGCGCCCACCCGGCGGAUGUUUCCGCUGUUUCCAGACUGGGCACGUCUACCGCAAUUGCCCUGAACGUCGGGCCAACGCUACCGUUGAGGGCGGUAUUAGCGCGGAGGAUACUCUCGGCACAAACCAAGAGGGAGUCCUGUGAGCUUCAUCAGUGACACAUUAGUACCAGCUAGGCUGCUAGGACCUCUUUCAACAACUGAAUACUGCACUAUGGUUAAGGGACCACUUUAUUCUCGAAGACGAAUUAAUUGCACAAUCCAGUUUAGGGAUCAUUCUGUUCGACAUUCUUUUAUUAUAUUACCUGGAAUUGCGUGGCCUGUCAUUAUUAGUCGCGAUUUACUUAAUUCUCUUAACAUUUCUCUUACUUAUUCAUCUUUUUCAAAAUCAUGUAUUACUAAAACCCCGUUGACGGAACUUGAAGAAGUUGAUACAACUCUUCCAGAAAAAUUAGAAGAUGCUAUUAGGAGUAUUUGCUCGCUCGAUGUAAUCGAAGCCGAAAAUGAACUGGAUUUAGGAGAUACUCUAUCCUUAGAGCAGCGUUCAAUUGUUAUUUCUAUUAUCAAGAAUUCAUACCUCAAAUAUAUUUCAAACACUAAACCACUCGUACAUCCAAUGAAAAUCAAUCUAACUAAUGAUACACCAAUAUUUACUAAGCCGCGAAGACUCUCUUAUGGUGAAAGACAGCAGGUUAAGCAAAUUGUUGAUAAACUGUUAGCAGAAAACAUCAUCCGGCCCAGUAAUUCUCCUUAUGCUUCUGCGCUUGUCCUCGUUAGGAAAAAGAGUGGCGAGGUUCGUAUGUGUGUGGAUUACCGGCCCCUCAACAAAAUUACAGUUCGGGACAAUUACCCCCUACCCCUUAUCGAAACUUGUUUGGAGCAUCUGUGUGGAAAAAAAUUCUUCAGUUUGCUAGAUUUGAAAAGCGGAUUCCAUCAGGUCCCAAUGAGUGAGGAGUCUAUCCCCUACACUUCUUUUGUGACCCCAGAUGGUCAAUUUGAAUAUCUGAAAAUGCCAUUCGGUCUUCGUAACGCCCCUUCCGAAUUCCAACGUUUUAUUAAUUCUAUUUUAAGGGAAUUCAUUGAUGAUGGUAGAAUAGUAGUGUACCUCGAUGACAUCAUCAUCGCUUCUACUGAUCUUAGCUCUCACUUCAGUACUCUCCGGUCCGUAUUAGAAAAGAUUAAGCAGAACAAUUUGGAACUUCGUCUUGACAAGUGCAAAUUUGUCCAUGAAGAAAUAGAAUACUUGGGCUACAAAGCCAACUUUUCUGGAAUUCAGCCUAGUGAUAGGCACAUUAAAGCACUUACUAAUUACCCUAUGCCCACUAAUUUAAAACAACUCAGACGUUGUCUUGGUCUGUUUUCAUACUUCCGACGGUUUGUCCCAUCUUUCUCUUGCAUCGCCAAACCUAUGACAAAACUCCUUCAGAAGGACGAAGUAUUUAACUUCGAUUCAAAUUGCGUGCAUGCCUUUGAAACCUUACGUGACAAACUUGUGCAUUCUCCUAUCCUUUCCAUAUUCGACCCAAAACGGGAAACCGAAUUACACUGUGACGCAAGUUCCUUUGGUUUUGGCGCUAUUCUCCUCCAGAAACAGGAUGACAAUAAGUUGCACCCUGUUGCUUACUUUUCCAAAACCACUUCAAAAGACGAGUCCAAGUUACACAGUUAUGAGCUUGAAACUCUUUCCAUCAUUUACGCUCUUAAGCGCUUUCACACUUAUGUUCAUGGGCUCCCCAUUAAGAUAGUUACUGACUGCAACUCUCUGGUCGAGACCCUCAAGAACCGUAAUGCUUCCGCUAAGAUUGCCAGGUGGUCCUUGUUUCUGGAAAAUUACGACUAUACCAUCUGUCAUCGCUCAGGCACUUCUAUGCCUCAUGUCGACGCACUGAGUCGCACCGAAGCUGUGGGUGCCAUCGGUGAGAUUGACCUUGACUUCCAGCUUCAAGUAGCUCAGACGCGUGACCCAUCUAUCGAAGCUCUCAAACAUCGGUUAGAAUCAGAAGAAGUUGACGGAUUCUUACUUCAAGAUGGGCUUGUCUAUCGCGACAUACCUGAUGGUCAACCUCAAUUCUAUGUCCCUUCGGAAAUGGUCGACAAUGUAAUUAGACACACUCACGAGCGAAUUGGCCACCUGGGCAUAAACAAAACCUUCAGCAAAAUCAGUCAGCAUUACUGGUUCCCCCACAUGAAGCCCACUAUCGACAAAUUCAUUAAAAACUGCCUCAAGUGCAUUGUUUAUUCUGCACCUCAUCAUACUAAUGCCCGGAAUAUGUACAGCAUCCCUAAAGAGCCCUUACCCUUUGAUACCAUCCAUAUUGACCAUUUAGGUCCGCUCCCUAGUUCUUCCUUACGCAAGAAGUAUAUACUUGUUGUUAUCGAUGCUUUCACUAAAUUAACUAAACUUUACCCAACCUCCUCAACUAAUGCGAAGGAAGUGUGUUCUGCCCUUUCCCAAUAUAUGUCUUACUAUAACCGCCCUAGGCGGAUUGUUAGCGAUCGAGCUACUUGUUUCACCUCCACCUUGUUUGAGGACUUCUUGGAAUCGCAUAACAUUAGCCAUGUCCUCAACGCCACCGGAUCCCCACAAGCCAAUGGACAGGUAGAACGGGUGAACCGUGUGUUGCGUCCUAUCCUUAGCAAACUAUCUGAUGCUCCAGACCAGACCGAUUGGGUAUCCAAGUUGCGGUCAGCCGAAUACGCUUUAAACAAUACCGUCCACACAUCUACGAACUUCUGCCCCUCUGUCCUACUCUUUGGUGUCGAGCAACGCGGUAAAGUUCCAGACGAGUUAGCCGAAUACCUGGAUGAGAAAUUUGAUCGAGCCUCUAGGGACUUAGAAGCCAUUCGGGCUAAAGCGUUAGAAAACAUAGAAGAGUCUCAACGGAAGAAUGAGGAAUACUUUAGCAAAAAGCACAAACCACCACAGUGCUAUAAGGAAGGUGACUUAGUGGCUAUACGUUACUCUGAUACGACCGAUAGCGGUAAUAAGAAGCUCAAUCCUAAAUUCAGGGGACCUUACGUCAUCCAUAAAGUGUUGCCCCAUGAUAGGUACGUGGUACGCGAUGUAGAAGGAUGUCAACUCACACAACUACCCUACGAUGGGGUUCUAGAAGCGAAUAAGUUGCGACGUUGGACCGAGUCCAGUGAUUAGGAAAUUGAGGGCAAUUUAUUGUUCAGGAUAGCCGAGCUGUAACGUCCGGACUAAUAUCGCCCACUGUGCACUCAACCCGAACCCCGAACGCAGCGGUAUAAACGCGUUAUACCUUGACCGCUGGAGCACCCGGUGUGCUAGAUGAACUGUCAUAGAAUAAAGCUCUCUUCUUGGCGCGACAUUGAACUGAACAGACGUAAGCCACUGA